UUAUCAGUUUUGUAUAUAACUAUUAUAAGUGAUGCAUGUAUUUUAUACAAUAACUAUUAUUUAAUUUUACAUGUAAGUUUUAUAUAUAUAUAUAUGUAUAUAUAUAUAUAUAUUAAUCAUCAGUUCUAUCAAAUAUAUAAUAUAUGAUGUAUAUAAUGAAUAGAAUAAGAAUUUUAAAUUUAUUUGAUUAAUAAUCAUAUCAUAUGAUAUUUUGUAAUAAUUUAAUAUUUUAUUAUUUAAUUUGAUAAGUAAUAAAUAAAAUUGAAAUAUAAAAAUCUGAAGUUUUAUAUAGAUAAAAUAUGUCUGAAAAUAAAAAGAUUAUACUUGUAACUGGUGGAACAGGACUAGUUGGUAGAGCUAUUCAAAAUAUUAUUGAAAGAAAUAAAAAUGAAAAUGAAAAAUGGAUAUUUAUUGGUUCUAAAGAUGCAAAUUUAUGUGAUAAACAAAGUACAGAAAGAUUAUUUAAAAAAUAUAUGCCUACACAUGUUAUUCACUUAGCUGCUAUGGUUGGUGGUCUAUUUUAUAAUAUGUCACAUAAUUUGGAUUUUUUGCGCAAUAAUAUUCAUAUGAAUGAUAAUGUAUUACAAACAGCUCAUGAACAUGAUGUUGUCAAAGUAAUAUCAUGUUUAUCAACUUGUAUAUUUCCUGAUAAAACAACAUAUCCUAUUGAUGAAUCUAUGGUUCACAAUGGGCCACCUCAUCCAUCAAAUUAUGGUUAUAGUUAUGCAAAGCGUCUUAUAGAUAUUCAAAAUAGAGCCUAUUAUGAACAAUAUGGUAGAAUUUAUACUAGCAUUAUUCCAUGUAAUGUAUUUGGUCCAAAUGAUAAUUUUCAUCCUAGUGCUAGUCAUGUUAUACCAGGCUUAAUGCGUAGACUUUAUGAUUUGAUAAAAGAUGGAAAUACAAAAGAUAAAGAAUUUACUGUAUUAGGUUCUGGGAAACCAUUAAGACAAUUUAUUUACAGUUUAGAUUUAGCUAAAUUAAUAAUAUGGGUUUUGAGAGAAUAUAACUCCGUGGAACCAAUCAUAUUAUCAGUUGAUGAAUCUCAAGAAGUUACAAUUUCUCAAGUAGCUGAAUCAAUUGCCCAAGCUUUUAAUUUCAAAGGAAAACUGAUAUAUGACACAUCUGCAGCUGAUGGACAAUAUAAAAAAACGGCAAAUAAUGGAAAAUUACGAAAAUAUUUGCCUGAUUUUCAGUUUACACCAUUCAAUCAAGCUAUUAAAGAUACUGUUGAUUGGUAUAUAGAGAAUUAUGAUCGCGCGAGAAACUAACGGAAGCUAAUUAUUAAUUUAAUAUUCCAUUUAAAUAAAUUUGGCUGUAUAUAAAAUAAAAAAAGAAAAUUAUAUUAUUUCAGCAUAUAUUCCAUAAUUCAAUGUAAUAUAAUUUAAACGAUGUUUAAGUGUUUAAGGCGAAAUUAUAAAGGUUUGAAUAUAAUUUUAAUUAUAUUGUAAAUUUUCAAAGCAUAAAAUAUAUUUUAAAAUUGUAAAAUAAAAAAAAUUUAUUUUUUAAUCAAA